AUGCUGCUUCAGGUAGCUCGCCUUCUACCGGUGCUAGCGGUGCCGCUUCUGGCAGCUCAGGCAGCUCGCUCCCAAAAUGGGUCGGCUACAAUGCUGCAAAUUCCAGUGUUACAGAGACCGCAUACUCUCCUUCGACUACAGUGGUUACUAUCACGUCUUGCGCCGAAAAUAAAUGCUCGGAAUCCGUGGUCACCACCGCCGUCGUUACCGUCACAAAAGACUCCACAGUUUACACCACCUACUGUCCACUUGCAACCGAAAAUGCUUCAAAUGCUCCUUACACCCUUUCGUUCGGUGGUCCCUCAAAAGCUGUGCAACUGGCCGUUUCUUCGGCACAACAACUCGCUUCUAACCUUCACUUUGGUGCCACCGCCUCAACAUCAGGAGCCCAGUCUUCAAGUGUCAGUUCUGCCAACACUACUCCCUCGACCCAAGGGUCCAGCUCAGAAGCUUCUUCCACCUCUCCCGUGGUUCAAACCUUUUCUGCUGGCGGUUUCGCCAACAACGUGA